CUCUCAUUUUUAACGAAAACCUAAACACAGCCUCCUCCUCUUGUUUUGCGAUCAAAACAAAUCUCUAGGGUUUUCAAAAUCCUCUUCUUCUUCUCCAAAGUAGCCCUCUUUGAUUCGGCGUCAAAUUUCAGGAGUUUUCCCGGAGGUUGUUUUCUGGCCGUCUUAACCAAAUUUCAUACCAGUACGACUGAAUGUUCUAAUGGAGUCUAAAGGUGGUAAAAAGUCUAGCAGUGGUAAAUCCUUAUUCUACGAAGCACCUCUCGGAUACAGCAUUGAAGACGUUCGACCCAACGGUGGAAUCAAGAAGUUCAGAUCUGCUGCGUACUCCAACUGCGCUCGCAAGCCAUCCUGAUAUCCCCCAAUUGGCAACCUGACCGCGUGUGACGUGGUCAUUUGAUAGCUUUAGUUGGUUUUUGUUUAUGUUUGCUUUGACCUGCAUCUUCCUCUCCUCUCUUUGCGACUACAAUCUCUUCUCAACUGUGUUCUGUUUGCAUCUGUGAUCUUUGCGGAGCUAUAGUCAUUCCUUUUAGCCACAAUGUCGAUGGCGGGUUCUGCAAUUGGAUUUGAAGGAUAUGAAAAGAGGCUGGAAAUUGCAUUUUUUGAACCAAGUAUCUUUCGUGAUCCUGAAGGAAGGGGUCUUCGAUCCCUGUCCAAAUCCCAGCUGGAUGAGUUUCUUGGACAAGCUGAGUGCACUAUUGUCUCCUCACUGUCGAACGAUGAAGUCGACUCAUAUGUUCUUUCGGAGUCAAGCCUCUUUGUUUACUCCUACAAGAUCAUCAUCAAAACUUGUGGGACGACUAAGUUGCUCCUAGCAAUCCCACCUAUCCUGAAGUUAGCUGAAAGCAUUGAUCUCACCGUGAGAUCUGUGAGGUAUACUCGUGGGAGCUUCAUUUUCCCAGGAGCACAAUCAUUCCCUCACCGAAACUUCUCCGAAGAAGUUUCUACUCUUGACGCUUACUUUGGGAAGCUUGGGGGAGGCAGCAGAGCUUAUAUGAUGGGUGGGUCUGACGGACCUCAGAAAUGGCAUGUGUAUUCUGCUUCAGCUGAACCAGUUAGCUUGGUUGAUCCUGUAUACACCCUAGAAAUGUGCAUGACUGGUCUGGACAAGCAAAAGGCUUCUGUUUUCUACAAAUCUGAGUCAAGCUCAGCAGCUGGAAUGACUAAUGAUUCUGGAAUCCGAAGGAUCUUACCAGAUUCUGAUAUUUGUGAUUUCGAGUUUGACCCCUGUGGUUAUUCGAUGAAUGCCAUUGAAGGAGCGGCAAUUUCAACCAUUCAUGUUACACCAGAAGAUGGUUUUAGCUAUGCUAGUUUUGAAUCUGCAGGAUAUGACUUCAAUGAGUUGAAUCUUAACCAGUUGACUGAGAGGGUUUUGGCUUGUUUCAAACCGAGUGAGUUCUCCAUUGCUGUGCAUUCUGAUGUUGCAGUCAAGUCACUCCAGCAAAUUUGUUCAUUGGAUUUGAAGGGAUACUGUCGCGAAGAGAGCAGCCACGAGGAGCUUGGAGUGGGUGGUUUCAUUGUUCAUUACAGGUUCCUCAAGACUGAGGCCUGUGGUUCUCCAAGAUCAACUCUAAAAGGCUGCUGGAAAGAGGAAGAUGAGGACUACGAAUCCUCUUGAGAGUCUUUUACUUAUAAUUGGUUGGCAUUUGCUGUUUCAGUAUAAAUAAUUACCUGUCAGGCAUCAUCUGAUAUUGGUAAUGGUAGUAUGUGUAGAAGUUUUCAGUUAUAUGUUCUUUUUGCUGAAGUCUUUCUAUUCUGGAUGAGUUGUAUUAUCUUCUCAUCAAUGGACCUUUGUAUUCAAGACUGAAAAGAAGAUAUCUUCAGUUAAUACAUUCAUGGUUAUGUUAAUCUUGGUUCUGUUUCACUA